GAUCGGCGGCAACUUCUCUGUUAACCAAAUUCGACAGUUGUGAUCGGCUUAUGAGGCAGUAUGGUUGCUACUAUUUCUGUUUCUGGCAAUAUGAAUUGGGGGCAUGGAUUUGGCCGCGGCUGUGAUACCUAUGGUCAAAAUAACAAACUAUAUGGGAGAUCAUUAUGUUUAACAAAAGAAGGAUGCAACUUCAACAAGACAGCAAAAUUCAUCAUGCGUUCAUCAAAUAGUUCUCAUAGGAUUGCAACUAAUGAAUCUACUUUGAUAUUGAUCAGGCACGGGGAAUCAAUGUGGAACGAGAAGAAUUUGUUCACCGGUUGUGUUGAUGUGCCUUUGACCAAUAAAGGAGUGGAGGAAGCGAUUGAAGCUGGAAAGAGAAUUAAGAACUUGCCUUUAGAUGUCAUCUUUAUAUCAGCUUUGAUUCGUUCACAGAUGACAGCCAUGCUUGCUCUUACUGAACACCACUGCACAAAGGUGCCCAUAAUUCUGCAUAAUGAGAGUGAAGAAGCUAAAUUAUGGAGUGAAAUUCAUAGUAAAGAUACGCAGGCACAUUCUGUUCCUGUCAUUAAAGCGUGGCAACUGAAUGAAAGAAUGUAUGGUGAGCUUCAGGGUUAUAAUAAGCAGAAAACAGCAGAAAGGUAUGGAAAGGAGCAAGUUCAUAAAUGGCGCAGAAGUUAUGAUGUUCGUCCACCUAAUGGGGAGAGUUUAGAAAUGUGCUUGGGAAGGGCUGUUUCUUAUUUUAAAGAGCAUAUUGAACCCCAACUUAUGGCCGGAAAGCAUGUGAUGGUGGUGGCUCAUGCAAAUUCAUUGAGAUCCAUUAUUAUGUAUCUUGAUGAGUUAACUUCUCAGGAGGUUAUUAACUUGGAACUAUCAACUGGUGUGCCAAUGCUCUACACUUAUAAAGAGGGAAAGUUUUUCAGGAGAGGAAGCCCUCCUGGUUCAAUGGAAGCUGGAGUUUAUGCAUACACAGAGUAUCUGGCCUGUUAUAGGCAAAGAGUGGAUAUAUGUAAUACAGAAAAAGAACAGGGGUAAGAAUGCAUACAUCUUGGCUCUAAUAACACGAUUGUAAAGUUGCUGUAGAAGAAAUGUGUCCCAACACCUCAGUGGUCUUCAUUUGAUUGGUAAACAAUUCAUAUGGUUCGUUCUCUUGGUGCUGGAGCUGUUGAUAAAUUCCAACAGCUCUCUGAUUUUGGAGUAUUUUUAUUAUGAGGAAAUUCCCAAAAAUGGUACUCAAUAACUAUGUAUUUUUUUUUUCAAAUUAGUCCUUAAGAUGAACAAAAUACCGAGAUAGUACUCAUUAAUAAUGAACAAUGCUUGCUCAGUUUAGUCCCUGACAAACGACCGUCAAAACGGAAUUAAAACUUGUACUAAUUU